AACACAAACUUAUUCGUCAAGUCUCCACUGUGAUAAGCUGAGAAAAUGGAGAGGGGGAAGAAGAAGGUGGACUGGUCUGAUCUUCCAAAGGAGUUGUGGCCGAAUAUCGGAAAAUGCCUUGACAAUUCCGUCGGCGUUUUCCGCUUUCGCAGCGUCUGUAAGUUAUGGCGUUCCUCUAUCCCCUCUUUUCAGCGAACCAUUCUUCCUCCUCUGCCCCACAUGUAUUCUUCUUGUUCCUCUGCAAGCGCCAGGGCUGCCGGAACUGAAAUCCAAGCCGUGCUCUACCUAAUCACAGUCUACCGCAUGGAGGCACUCGUCGACGGAGAACCCAAUUCGUCAAAACCAUGGCUGGUGAAGUUCGAAGAGUCCCCUUCUGGAAAGCUGCGUUUGCGUCAUCCAAUCACAAAUUCGCCUCUCAGGAACUCUCCUGACGGUUCUUCAAAGCAAUUCAACUUAUUGGACUUUGGGAUUGUGGAAUUGAGCAAGUCGUAUGCCCUUAAGUAUCGGCUUAACGAUUUCACCGUUGAUUGUAUGAACAAAGUUAUAGUCUUGAAUCCAACCCAUUUGGAUAAUUUUGCUGUGAUGAUGAUGCACGGUGAAGGCCAGUUGUACUUUGCCAGAUUCGGAGAUGAGAAAUGGACCCUUUUGAAACAAAAAGACUCUUGGUUUGAUGAUAUUAUUGCUUAUAAGGGUCACUGCUAUGUUGUUGAUAGAGAGGGAAUAGUUUCAUGCAUGAAUUCAGAGUUUAAGGUGAUUCAAUUUUCGCCUCCCUUAGGUAGGUUGGGUGAGCAGAAGCAUUUGGUUGAGUCUUGUGGUGAUCUUUAUGUGGUUGAUCGGUUCACUGAGAGGCAGAGGCUCAAGAUGUGCAAGAUGUUAGAGCACCGGGACCUUAUUUUUGGGGAUCUCACUGCCCCUUAUCCUGAGACAGUUAGUUUUAAAGUUUAUAAGCUGGAACGAGAAUGGGGUAGGUGGGUUGAGGUGAAUAGCUUGGGAGAUCAAGUGUUUGUUUUGAGCCAUGACGACUCUUUCUCUGUCUCCACCAGAGGCGUUUCUAGAGUGAAGGGGAAUUGCAUUUUGUUCACCGACCAAAAGCGUACUUAUGAGCCAGAAUUUGGAGGGCCAAGAACACUUACUCGGCAAUGUUCUGUGUUCAAUUUGGAAAAUGGCAGCAUUACGAACCUAGCAGCUUCACCUGGCUAUUCUCCGAUGCUCCAGCCACCCUCAGCCUGGCUAUCCCCCGACUGAUGUCUGUCUGCAUGCUGAUUGGUGAAUUAAGGAAGUUACUUCCAUUUCUGCAUCUCUCGGAGCAGGUGGAAAAUACCAUUUCUCAUGAAGAGUGAUUUGCAAAAUUACCCUAGAAUAAAAACAGUGGUAAAUUAUCAGUCUAGUUUGUCCAAUGUUUAAGACUCUUGUCUUUUUAUCGGUCCAAUGCAAUGUUUAAGGUUGGAGCCUGUUAAUAUUACAAACAGACAAAGUAAGCUGUUCUAUCUUGAACUUAUAUUUUUUAAAUGUUCUUGUUUUGUGU